AUAAAUUCAAUGCACUUUUUUAUAAAUCAAAAUAUCUAUUUUUUUUAUUUAUAUUUUAAAGUUCAAACAGUGUUGUUAGACGGCAAGCAAACUGCAAGAGAGAGAUCUUCUUUCCCAGCAAACGUAAAUUGACCAUCUCUCUAUAAAGGAGAGCAAAAUCACAAACAGUUGGACUGCAAUUCAACAAAACAGAGCAACAAUGGUUACCUCAAGCUACUGCUCCCUCAAUUUCCCCCCUCCUUCCACGACACCACCUUCUCCCCCAAUUUCAGCGGCGCCGCAGCUUUCACGCUCUCCGGCUCUCAAGGAUCGAUUGUGGAGGAGUCGAUGCGUCCUUGGCUUAACGUGCGCGAUAAUCGGCCUCGAAGGCGGCGAUUUCGCGGUGGUUGGGGAUCAGGAGAGAGCUAUGGCGAUGGAUAUGCAAUCGUCCGCGAUCGCCGUCGGGGCUCCGAGAUGGAGCGACAAGAGAGCUUGCUUGCCGUGGCAGCUCAAUUCGCUUGAAACGAUCGUGCCGGAGAAUCUGCCGCGGCCGUCGGCGCGGCGGCGGUGGGAGGCCACUGGCUUCUCGGAGACGGCUCCGGCUGUUAGGGUUGCGGUGAAAUCUGGCGCCAAGGGUUGUUUCACUAUGUGAUUAAUUAACCAUGCGUAGGAAAUGGUGUAUACCGUAAAUAUAUAGUACUACUACCAAUUUGGUAGUAAUUAUUUUAAUUAACUAUCUUGUUUAUGAUUAGGGUUAAAAAAACAACACCCCUAA